CUACUGCGUAAACUUUUUUGCAGAUACUUAUGUAGUAGAAAAUGUUAUUUUAAAUAACAUUGUUUGGAAAUGCUUUAUGAUUAUUGCAAUUUUGUAGGAAAACAAAGCUGCAGAUAUCUACAACAAUGGACCAAGAACUGACUGACAACAGAUCUUUUUAUGUAACUCACCCCUGUUAUGAAUCACAUGAUGGAUAUUUUACAAUGACAAAGAACCCUUCUAUGUGUGCGCUACUGUAUGUUUUCCUUGGCUCUCUGUCUAUUAUCACAAUAUGUGGAAACUUUCUUGUUAUAACCUCAAUAACGUACUUCAAACAGCUUCACACUCCUAACAACUACCUCGUCCUCUCUCUUGCUGUGGCUGACCUGCUUGUCGGAGUUUUAGUCUUUCCUUUCAGCAUGACAAUCACUGUAACUUCAUGCUGGUAUCAUGAGGAUUUGUUUUGCAAAGUGCGAGGCAGCUUUGAUGUUACACUGAGCACAGCUUCUAUUUUGAACUUGUGUUGUAUUUCCAUUGACAGAUAUUAUGCAGUGUGUAAGCCUCUGACCUACAAAAGUACAAUGAAUGAUAGGGUUAUUAAAGGAAUGAUUCUGGGAUGUUGGGGUGUUGCUUCUGUAAUUGGAAUUGGUGUCAUAAUUGCAGGAUUUAAUCAAGGAAAGUGUGAGGGAAGCUGUUUAAUUAAUGCUUUAAUAUCAACAACAUUGGCGUGUAUUUUCUCUUUCUAUAUCCCAGUUAUAAUUAUGUUAAGUAUUUAUUUAAAGAUUUUUCUUGUAGCACAGAGUCAAGUUAAGGCUAUCCACAAUGCAACCUGCCAAAGCAAAACGUUCAGUCCAGUUGUAAGUAAGAUGGAAAGAAAAGCUACCAAAACUCUUGCUUUUGUAUUAGGAGUCUUUCUCUUGUGUUGGACUCCUUACUUUCUUUGCAUCAUCUUUCAGCCUUUAACAUAUGAUGCAACACCUAUUGCUGCCAUUGAAACACUCAACUGGCUAACCUUGUCAAAUUCAAUGCUAAAUCCUUUUAUCUAUGCUUUCUUUUACAGCUGGUUCAGAUCAGCUGUAAGGUUGGUGAUUUCUGGAAAGACUUUUGGAGGUGAUUUUAAAAACUUUAAGCUUUUUUGA